CCUUUUUUAGCACUUUCCUGUACUUGACUACACUUUUAAGCAACUAAGUAUUGUACUAAAUUCUCCGACACUUGGCACGGAGAGAAAUUUAUAGCGGUCGCAGUCUAUUGGAUCUCCUCUCUUUCCUCAUAUACAUAUUGAAAAUAUGAUUGUGAAAGAAUAUCGGGUAGUCCUUCCCAUGACUGUAGAAGAAUAUCAAGUUGGUCAAUUGUGGUCCGUGGCGGAGGCAUCGAAAGCAGAAACGGGUGGUGGCGAAGGAGUAGAAGUCUUGAAAAAUGAACCAUUUGAUGGCGUUCCGUUAUUGAAUGGAAAAUAUUCGAAGGGUCAGUACACACACAAAAUAUAUCAUCUGCAAUCGAAGGUCCCUUCAAUCAUACGGAAAAUAGCCCCGAAAGGCUCACUUGCUAUUCAUGAAGAGGCAUGGAACGCCUACCCAUACUGUAGGACCGUACUUACUAACCCUGAUUACAUGAAAGAAAAUUUUUUUGUAAAAAUCGAGACCAUCCAUCUUCCCGACCGAGGCACCACAGAAAAUGCUCACGGUCUUCCUCCAGAGGAGCUCGCCAGAAGGGAUGUGGUCUACAUCGAUAUCGCAAAUGACAACGAAUUUUUGCACGCCGGUGAUAUCACACCAGCCACAAUACCUAGCAAGUUUGUGAGCUCCAAAACUGGUCGAGGCCCUCUGACCGAGAACUGGCAGGAAACGGUUGAACCAGUUAUGUGUGCUUACAAGCUUGUCAGUGUUCACUUCAAAUGGUUUGGUCUCCAAAAAAUGGUUGAAAGUUACACUCACACACAAUACCCUCGAUUAUUUUCCAAAUUUCACCGCGAGGUGUUUUGUUGGAUUGAUAAGUGGCACGGUUUGACGAUGGAGGAUAUCAGAGCUAUAGAAGCCAAGGCUCAAAAAGAGCUGGAAGAGCAACGAAAGACUGGAACGGUGCGAGGAAUGACUGCUGGUUAACAUACGUCUAGAAGAUUCUGUUGGAUAUUUUCUGCAACUUUAAGUGAAGUACUUGUAUGAAUUACACAAUGUCACUCGUUUUAUAACUUUCCUAUCGAUACGUUUUAUUCUAUUAAGCUGUUUUUCACCCCGUGAUAUCUUGGCUUUCGUCAUCUCUUGUUUGAUACGUUUCACUACAUUCUUCUCUUCCUCUACACUCUCAAACACCUUUGUUGGACUGCGACAGGUGCAAUGUAGGUAUUGAGCUGGUUAAUGUGCGUUUAUUAGUUUUACAAAUUUACAAAUGAACAUUUUGAGAGCUUUGGAUCUGUAUUGUAGUUUUGACUUCUUGGUGUUUUUGUAAAGAUCAUCAGCUUUCCAUUCUCCUUCUCGUUUAUCUCUACUUGCGUGUUCAUUAGGUCUAUGUGGAAGAUGUGCAUGUUUCAUUUUCCUCCAUUUAUUCACGGUUUUACACCGCUAGUUGAUAUUAUAGCAGCUCAGAUUGAUACAAUUCCAUCGCCUUUUUGUGUUUCGACUAAUGCGGCAGCCAAAAUGUGUUCUCUAGUCGGAAAAGGAAGAAGUUGGAGUAGAUGGUUUUUUCGUUGAGGAUCUAUAAAAUUAUUGAAGAGUUUUGUUUCUGUUGUUAUGUCACUAAAAAUAUACUAAUGAAAUUU